AUGACACAAUAAGCAGCCGAAUGCAGCUUCCUAUAUUUGACUGGUACCUUUUGCGUGCAUAUUUCAAGUCAUCUUCCUAAUUUUUUCUCUGAGUCAAAUCAUCAAACACUUGGCCUGCCUUUCCCAAAAUUCUCCUCUUUUAACCCCUUUUCCCACCAUUUCUCGGCACCAAAAACCCACACAAAGAACCCAAAAUCUCUCAUCAGAAAGGAAAAAUUCAAGAUGGGUUUUUUGAAAGAAGAUAGAAGAACCAAAGUUUUGAGAUGGGUCAAAACUCUUUUUUUCUUGAUUUCUAUGUUGAUAUCAUUUCUCCUUUUUUCUGCACCAAUUCUUCUUGUAAUUGCAGAUACACUUCUUCCUUCACUCUUAUUAUCUGCUUCUAUUUCACCAUAUUCUCUAUCUUUUCAAACUCUUUCUUCUUAUCUAAGCGACUACGAUUUUCGGUUUUCACUUAUUGAUAUCCCUCUUAUCUCCAUCGUUAGGUCCGUCAUCAUUCUAUGUGUUUAUAGCUUAUGUGAUGGACCAAGGCUAUCAAGAGGGCCAUACUUGGGGAUUGCAACAAUUUGUUCAGUUUCAUCUUUGAUGUUUGUGUCCUUGAAGGCUUCAUAUGUAUUUGCACAUAGUUCGAGUAUAGAUCGAGGAGGAUAUGCUCGAGCUAUGGAGACGGCGUUGUUCGUAUGCUCAUUAGCGUUGGCUGUUGCUCAUGUAGUGGUGGCUUAUAGAAUUAGCUGUAGGGAAAGAAGAAAGCUUCUUGUUUACAAGAUUGAUAUUGAAGCUGUCUCAGCAUUAAAGACCGUAUCAUUUUAUCGAUAUCUUAAAGUUACUCCCAGCAGAAAGACUGAAAUAAAACUCAAAUCUACAGAAUCCAUAUGCACAUGAAGUUGUUAUUGUAUUUUCUUUGGACCAAAUCCAGUUUCCGCAGAGCAGGUUUCAGAUAUAUCCAAAGGAGAUCUGAAGCCUAAUUGGUAAAGAGAAAUAGUCUAUAUAUACUAAAGUUUAUUAUAAAAAAAAAACAAGAUUAUGUAUAUGUGUGCAAAUGUGGUGUGUUCUGUAUCAGCAAUUAGUUUAUACAGGACAAGAGCAUUAUGAUUCAGCACCCAUUGCUCUCUGCUUACGCAACUUGUACAGAUAUUUGUUCUAUUUUUAUGCCAAUUGUGUAUCAUCAUGGAUUAGAAGAUAGCAUUUCUUGUUUUGUCAUGUAUCAAAUGUCAUCAACUUUAGAUUUUUUUUAUAAUGGUCCGUGGAAGCAGUAACUAAUGCUUGUAUUAACAUCUUUUGAGGUGCGGACUUUUUUUGGACCCUGCUAACGCGGAA